AUGGACACAUCGUAUUUGUAUAACAAGUUUUUACUUCUUACACUGGUAUUACAUGUAACUUAUUCAGACACCAUAUUAGAUAGGUUGCAGAAACUGGAACAAUAUUCAACUUCUCAAAACGAAAAGAUAUCUUCACUGGAAAAUGUCAUCACACACCUAGAAAAUACCGUCAGACAUCUUGAUAAUGAAAACAGUGAAUUACGAUCUGUCCAAACCAUAUUAACGCCACUGUUAUCUAGAAGAAGAGCACACCAGGACCAGUUAAAUGUGAAAGAUGCACGUAGACUCUUGCUAGAUGGACCAUCAAAUGGACAGUAUGCUUUCUAUGCGUUUAUGUCACGUGACGAACCAGAACCUGGAGGACACCAUCUUCUCGUAUAUGACAAUGUCGUGACUAAUGUAGGAAAUGCAUUUAACAAUUUUACUGGUAUAUUCACAGUUCCUCGUUCAGGUAUCUACUCUUUUACCUGGUCCACUAGAGUCGCAUGUCACAAGGCACACACAACUGAAUUAGUUAUCAACACGAGGAUUCUUGGCAGUACAUACGUUUAUUGUGGCUACAAUACCGUGACUGGACAUGUUGUCACCUCUGCUUCCCAAGGCGAAGCUAUUUUUGUUCGGACUCAUUUGACAUCACCGGGACAAGGUGCGAUAAAAAGUGAUGAAUUCGGUAGAUCUGCAUUUUCGGGAUUCAUGAUUGGCUAAAGAAAGUCAGAAAUUUCAAUAUUUUAUUCAUGUAUGUUGUAAGGGAAAUUCAAAUAUUUAUAAAAGUCUUUAAGUUUUAUUCUAUAAUAGUCACAGAGAGACAACAGUUUUACUUGAAGCAGACUACACUACUGUCUCAGGUAAGGGAAGGGUUGGCGCCUUCAAACAUGUUUAAACCCGGCAAAUUCUUUAUGUUCCUGUCCUAGGUCAGUAGUAAACAAUAGGAACUAAAAAUAAAUAUGCAGAAAACAAAGGUUAUGAUAUUUUCAAAAGGUCGACUGUCAAAGAAUUUGAAUUUUGAGCCUGUAGUUCAAUGGUUGUUGUUGGUUCAUGUCUGUCAUAUUAAUUUUUUCGUAAAUUGUUUUGUUAUAAAUUAGGCCGUUAGUUUUCUCAAUCGAAUUGUUACAUAUUUUUCAUGUCGGGACCUUUUAUAGCCGACUCAUUGUUGAGGGCCAUACGGUUGCUUAUAAUGGCUUACAUCCAAUUCAUUUAAAUUUUGGUGGAUAGUUGUCUCAU